AUGCUUAAUAUUCGUCCACAUCUCUUAGUUAAAUUUCGUCGAAUGUUGUCAUCGACUCGACCACUCGUUGUCCUCAUCACAAUCGGCUUUUCAAUUCUUCUUAUACUACUUUAUCUCUAUUCGCAUAGACACUACCAAGAAGAACACUUACCUCGAAAGUCAGUUCUGUUACCCAAUGGUACAAAAAUUUUCAUCGGCGGAGACGAUAAAUCGCAUGCAGAUCUUGACCAUUGGCAUGAUAAAAUCAAAGAACGAAUAAAAGACAGUGCAAACUUUGGCUUCAUUCAUGCUUUCAUUGCCUCCAUCUCCGUUAUUGUGGUAUCCGAAUUGGGCGACAAAACAUUCUUCAUCGCAGCAAUUAUGGCCAUGCGUCAUUCACGAUUGAUCAUCUACACGGGCGCCAUGGGUGCUCUUGGAACAAUGACGAUUCUUUCAGCUUUACUGGGAAACAUCGUAACGAAAUUCGUUCCACGACUUUAUACAUACUAUGUAUCAAGUGUACUGUUUGCGGGUUUUGGAGUGAAAAUGUUGAGAGACGGAUAUUUAAUGUCGCCUGAUGAAGGUACGGAAGAGUAUGAAGAAGUGCAGCAAGAAGUUGAGAAAGCGGAAACGACCGAUGAUUUGGAGUUGGGUGGCGGAACGGCAGCAAAUUCAAGUAGUCAAUCACAACAACGAUCACAAUCGGUAUCAAAACAGAAGAAUACCUUGUCGAAGCUAACUAUCCUACUGCGUCGUUAUGUUUCACCUAUAUUCAUUCAAGCUUUUAUCAUGACUUUUCUUGCCGAAUGGGGCGAUCGAUCUCAGAUCACAACCAUUGUUUUGGCUGCAAGUGAAAAUCUCUUCGGUGUGAUUGUGGGUGGUACACUCGGUCAUGGCUUAUGUACGGGAUUAGCCGUUUUAGGCGGCCGUUUUGUUGCUCAACGUAUUUCACCUAAAACAGUGACGCUCAUCGGUGGAAUUGUGUUUCUAUGUUUUGCUCUAUCAGCGUUUUUCAUCCGUCCUGAAUCCUAA